UGACCUCAAGCAUAGCUUGAGCACCCUUGAGCACCUAACACCGAAGAAGAUGCCGACGACGCCCCUGAGUAGUGCGGGUCAUGUAUUCGCUCACUAUGACCAUAGGAUCAUUAGUACAGUCCUGGAUUGUGGAUUAGAUAACCCGAAGGUGGACAUGGUAUUCGACAAGGUGUACGAAAAUUUCGUAGGAGAAAUAGAUGCUUGUGGCAAUAGCCCUAGAAUCUAUGAUUGCAAGAACAAAAGGUUCCAAAUCAGGACAAACCUCACUAACCGAAUCGGAAACCUGAACCCUCAUUGGAAUGAGCCAGACAAAAAUACGGACGACGGCUUCAGCAAUGCCUUCAUCGCCGCCAUGCAGACGGCAGGGAAUGAAUUCAAAAGCUGUAUCACAUACUUCGGGACUGUGUGGUUGCCUGCCCGAGAGAUGCUUCUCAAGGCCUUUCAAACAGGUAAUAGCUUGAAGAAGAAUCGGCCUGAAAUCCAACCCGGUUGUUCCACUAUGGCCCAACCUCCAGAGUCGAGUUGCAAGAUAGCAACUCAUAAUGGAAAAUUCCAUUGUGAUGAGGCUCUUGCCUGCUUCAUGCUCCAGGUGCUCCCUGAAUAUAAAGACGCCAAAAUAAUUAGAACGAGAGAUGAGGAAUUGCUUUCAAAAUGUGACGUAGUUGUGGAUGUGGGUAAGAGGUACAUCCCAGAAGAAUGUCGCUUCGACCACCAUCAAAAUGACUUCAAGCAUAGCUUGAGCACCCUUGAGCACCUAACACCGAAGAAGAUGCCGACGACGCCCCUGAGUAGUGCGGGUCUUGUAUUCGCUCACUUUGGCCAUAGGAUCAUUAGUACAGUCCUGGAUUGUGGAUUAGAAGACUUGAAGGUGGACGUGGUCUUCGACAAGGUGUACGAAAAUUUCGUAGAAGAAAUAGAUGCUUGUGACAAUGGCUACAGCAUCUGUGAUUGCAAGAAGAAAAAGUUCCAAAUCAGGACAAACCUCACUAACCGAAUCGGGAAUAUGAACCCUCAAUGGAAUGAGAAAGACAAAAAUACGGACGACGGCUUCUACACUGCCUUCCUCGCCGCCAUGGAGACGGCAGGGAAUGAAUUCAAAAGCUGUAUCACAUACUUCGGGACUGUGUGGUUGCCUGCCCGAGAGAAGCUUCUCGAGGCCUUUAAAACAGGGUUUCAGGAUGAAAGUCGGGAGAUCCUUGCCUUACAAGAUGGCUUUCCAUGGAUGAAGCAUCUCUUUGAGUUGGAGGAAGAAGGCGAAAAAUAUACUUUGAAAAAAGGACAAGUUAAGUUUGUUAUCUUCCCUGACCUAAAAGGAUAUUGGAAAAUUCAGGCUGUUCCGAUCAGUGCUGAUGACCGCAAGUUGAGGGUGCCUUUACAUCCUGGCUGGAGGGUAUUGACAAAUGAGGUGGAGAAAGUGGAUGGGACCGUAUUCGUGCAUAGAAGUGGAUUCUUUGGAGUGAACAAAACACAAGAUGGAGCCAUCAACAUGGCCAAGAUUUCAUUGGCUGCUUUUCAGCAGGCAAGGAAUAACGAAGGAAUGACUAGAUCGGCGACAACGGCGAGAUUUGGAGGUGAAAUGUCUUCAAGAGGGGCAUCUGCAACCAGUACAUGGCCCAGAUCCAAG